CUGGUUCUAAGUUAGAAAAUGUGUUGUUUAAAAUGUGGAAAGAACAAACCUCCAUUCCUUGGGAACUGGGCUCUUAUGCUGUUGUACAGGAUUCAUCAUCAUUUGUUAUAAAGCCUGUGACUUUUCCAACCUUGAGAUGCUAUUUAGGGGAGACAAUCUUCUAUGACUACACAGGGAAACCUACAAGAACACAACUGAGCAGAUGGUACAAGAAUCUACUUAAAAAACAUGGAGGUCAAAAGACUGACGUGACACUGGACAUACUGGAGAAAGCGAUCAGUUCACACAUCUUCACUGUGGUUGGGUUUCCAGACAUUCAUGUUUUACAGAAAAUACAAGAUCUUCUAUAUCAGAUUGCUGAUAAUAGUGAAAUCCACUUGAAGACAUUAGUAGUACAUCCACAUGCACCGGAAUCCAAAAAAUUACAAGACAGGCUUGGUGUGACAGUAAUUCCAUCCAUUGCUGUUGUUGAGGAAGGAGAUUCUACACUUAUAAAGUUGUUUGGUCCAAAGGAAUGUAGAGAAAAUAUUGAGGUUUAUAUACUGUCAAGAACAAUUCCAGUAACCCAUUUCACUCUGGCCACAUUUGAAGAGUUGGUCCUAGAUCCAGAAUCCAUUAAUUAUGUCCCAUUCUUGAUAGGAUUUUUUGCCUUUUGGGCUCCUCAAGUAAAGUCUUUCCUGAAGUUCUUUCAGCAAACUGUUGAUGAGUUUGAAGCAAUGGGCGUCAGUCUGAGAUAUGGACUAGUUGAUGUUUUUUCUGAAAAACGUGUGGUUUAUAGACAUGUUACCUCAGACGAAGCAGGAUACCCACCAUUUAUAAUGCUCUUUCAAAGAGAUAACGUGAUGAAACAAAUUAAUCAGACUGUGGUACCCACAUCACGACCUAGUCCAUAUGAAGUUUAUUUAGCACUGAAGACAGCUGGUUUCAAUAUUUACAACACUGCAGAGGAAACAGUCAUCUAUGAACCGUAUGGACUACCAGAAAAGGGCUGUGAGCUGUUUGAGGGACCGUUUGGUUCAAAAUGUUCCGAGUCUUACCACAACCAGACAGACAACAAUCCAAGAGAACGGAGGAGGAAACAGCAAAAAUUAAAGAAAAAGAAAAACUACCAUAAUCAGGUCUGGGCUGACGUGGACAACAAGUUACCGAAAUCUGAUGGUAUUCCACUUGUUUCCCAUGCAACGUGGAGCAGUGUCAUAGAAAAGUCACAUGUAACCGGCCAUUUGUUUGGCAGCUCACAUAAGUGGGCAGGAGAAAUCACCAAGAUUGCCAUGGUUGUAUUCAUCAUAGCUGACUGUGGAAGCUGCAGAAGGAGUUGGAAUGUGUUUAAAGAUCUUCACAGAGCUGUCACAUUUAUAGAUGGAGGGUCGCUGUACAUGGCUAACUGUUCGAGUGACUCUCGUCUGUGUGAAGAACAUAACAUCACGGGUUUCCCAACUGUUGUUGUGUUCCGAGGUCUUGGGUGGCUGGACAGAGAUCGCUGUGUGUCUGAUACCAGCAGACGUCAGAACAGUGGCUAUGUCCGUCUUGACUAUCAUGGGGUCAUACAGGUGAAGCCCAUAAUGGAAUGGUUUUCCACAGUCUCAGCACCAGCUGUUACAGACAGCAAGUUUGACUCUCCACCUAAGCACAUGAAAGAGGAUGCCCGUCUGACUGCGGUCCUGCUACCGGACAUGUCCAACUAUCUGCCCCGGUUCCCGAGACGGAGGCCGCAAGACUACUACAGCUACCAGUGUUACCGACUGGCUUGUGAGCUGCUCUUUGGUCAAGUGCAGUGUUACAGCAUGUACAGUCAGAACGUACCACGGUCAGAGUUCGAGGACGAGGACUUGAAUAUGGUCGUCAUAGAGAUACUUCUGGAGAGGCGUGAUGGAAUGCAUGUUGUGUUGAUGUCAGUCGGCAGGUCUCUGAUGAGUACAAUCAGUGAGGAGACAGGCUCUCACCUGGACAGAUUCCACAAGCCACACAGAUACAGAUUGAGAGCUAAUCAGAAAUGUGAAGAUGACCAUGCCGCCUGCACUGACCUUGUUACGACCUUCACAAGCGACCACAUCCGCCUACCUGUCACACACCUGACAACGGCUUCCUUCCACUCAAGAAACAACCCACUACUGACAGAUAACCAGCCAGUUUUGAUAGCUCUUGUUUAUCCAGAUAACAUCACUGACGAGUCUCCGUUCUUACAGACUUUGAAUGAGGUGGCUGAAGCACUCUACAAGGAACUGGUGGUUGUCACGGUGAAUGUAGAUCUCUAUUCUGAUUGGGCAUCAAGGUUUGUUCCACAAGGAUACCAGAAAGAGGCAGCAGUUGAGACGAGUGUUCCAGAACUGUUCCAGUAUCCACGUCUGUGUUUUGUACAACCCGCAGACCACCAUCAUGCAGCCUUCUAUCCAGCUUUAGGCAGGAAAAAACACACAAAGAAUCUCUUUACAAAAGACAACAUUUUGCUGUUUGCGUCCAUGUUUUUGGAUAAUCCUGCUAAUUACUUGGUGCAGACCGAACACUUUUAACAUACAUAUAUUAAUGUAUUACACUGGGUCCUAUAAAACUGCAGGCAUGAAGAAUUUACUAUGCAAAAACAGGAAAGUUGUUGGAGGGGUGUUGUCUCAUUUGUACAACUAGUUUAAAUUAAUAUUUAUUAUCUUGGCUGAUAAUUAAGGACAAGAUUGCACAUAUUAAAUGGCACAAACAAAACAUUACCUAAAAAUAUAUAUUGUAUAUUGUUGUGCAUUAGCCGAGACUUUAAAUACAAUCCUGAUAAGAGGGGUUGGCCAUUAUGUACAAUCAAGAACAAAAUAGUAGCAGUGUUUACAGAAACACAACACUGACACAAAUUUGUCUGCCAUUUCAGGCUUCAAAAGCAUGCAAUUACCUAAUUUAACAGCCUCUAUUAAGUCCCAUACCAGUGUUCGUUUGUCACCAAAUUUGUUACAUAAUCAGAACAGUCAUCAAGUCUUUUGUGACCACUGAUUGUUGUCCAAUUUUUUUUUCUCAUUUUCUGAUUUAGUUGUUUAUAACUAAUGAUUUUUACUUACUUUCAUUUGUUUAUUCUGCAAUUCCAAAUGAAAUAGUAGACAUUUUUCAUUUUGUUAUAAGAACAAUGGAAGGGGCAAUGUUCAUCAUAAUAAACAUCUAUUUUUGUUUGCUAAAUAAUACUUACACCACCUUUAUAAAAACGUAACUACAUUUAUCGAUCUAAUCAGUUCAAUUGAGGAAGAUAGAAAUAAAAGAACAAUGGUAUCCCACAUUCGGGGAUCACUUCUAAAAAUCUAAAAAAAUUUCAGCUAUCUUGAAAUCUUUAUUAAAUAACAUUAUCUGUGUCUGGUUCAAUUACAUAAAAUCUGAGUUGGCUUUAACAUCAUACCAUCAUACCAACCUUUUUGUACCAGAUACUGAGUGGCAAAUGGAGAGGUCGCUUAUUCGCAGAGUCAGCUAAUAACAGGUAUAUACAAUUUGUUUCGCCAAUUCAUACAGUUUGCUUUAUUUCUUCAUACAUGGAUGAACCAAAAAGAAAUAACAGACAGUCUUUAAUUGUCAUUGAUAUUUGUGUUCUAUAAUAGAAUUAUUAAUAUGUAGCCAUGAAAAGAUGUCUGUGACAACCUGUACCAUCCAUUACUUCACCACUGCUGUCAAAGGUUAGAGUAUAUAUUUGCAUUCAUGUCUGGGAAAGUGCAUGAAAAAGAUCCCUAGCUAGCUGUUAAUCGAUAAUGAUACAAGUAUUAUUAUUAUUAUUACCAAGGUGUCACUAAACAUGCCUUUUUUUCUUUGACUAUGCAAAUGUCUCUGAUCUGUUCAGACACUGUGUUUGUUUAAAUGUGUAACAGAGAUAUAUAAAUCUGACCAGCUGCUUUCUCUUUCAAUCAGUUGCUCCAUUAGCUGUGAAUGAUGUUAACCUAUUUAUUCAAGGUUGUUUUUUUUAUUACCCAAGCUAACAUUUCACACAGUGGAGGGGUAUUGACACAUUGUACACUUGUCUUUUCAAUAGCAGAAAAUGAUUGUACUGUAAUGAUAAUUUUAUACGGAUCAUUUUAAAUCUGACCAAUGAAUAGCUGCCCAAGUCAAGUGUGGCUUGUUAGCUGACAUCAGUGGUGGUGGGAAAAUGUUCAUACUAAUAGAAAGUUGAUACACAUUUGAGUAGGAAGUUAUAAUGAAUGUGCAGCAAAUAGACAGUGGGACAGAUCUUCUUCAUAAAUGUUCAUACUAAUAGAAAGUUGAUACACAUUUGAGUAGGAAGUUACAAUGAAUGUGCAGCAAAUUGACAAUGGGACAGAUCUUAAACAUAAAUGUUCAUACUAAUAGAAAGUUGAUACACAUUUGAGUAGGAAGUUAUAAUGAAUGUGCAGCAAAUAGACAAUGGGACAGAUCUUAAACAUAAAUGUUCAUACUAAUAGAAAGUUGAUACACAUUUGAGUAGGAAGUUAUAAUGAAUGUGCAGCAAAUAGACAAUGGGACAGAUCUUAAACAUAAAUGUUCAUACUAAUAGAAAGUUGAUUCACAUUUGAGUAGGAAGUUAUAAUGAAUGUGCAGCAAAUAGACAAUGGGACAGAUCUUAAACAUAAAUGUUCAUACUAAUAGAAAGUUGAUACACAUUUGAGUAGGAAGUUAUAAUGAAUGUGCAGCAAAUAGACAAUGGGACAGAUCUUAAACAUAAAUGUUCAUACUAAUAGAAAGUUGAUACACAUUUGAGUAGGAAGUUAUAAUGAAUGUGCAGCAAAUAGACAAUGGGACAGAUCUUAAACAUAAAUGUUCAUACUAAUAGAAAGUUGAUUCACAUUUGAGUAGGAAGUUAUAAUGAAUGUGCAGCAAAUAGACAAUGGGACAGAUCUUAAACAUAAAUGUUCAUACUAAUAGAAAGUUGAUACACAUUUGAGUAGGAAGUUAUAAUGAAUGUGCAGCAAAUAGACAAUGGGACAGAUCUUAAACAUAAAUGUUCAUACUAAUAGAAAGUUGAUACACAUUUGAGUAGGAAGUUAUAAUGAAUGUGCAGCAAAUAGACAGUGGGACAGAUCUUCUUCAUAAAUGUUCAUACUAAUAGAAAGUUGAUACACAUUUGAGUAGGAAGUUAUAAUGAAUGUGCAGCAAAUAGACAAUGGGACAGAUCUUAAACAUAAAUGUUCAUACUAAUAGAAAGUUGAUACACAUUUGAGUAGGAAGUUAUAAUGAAUGUGCAGCAAAUAGACAAUGGGACAGAUCUUAAACAUAAAUGUUCAUACUAAUAGAAAGUUGAUACACAUUUGAGUAGGAAGUUAUAAUGAAUGUGCAGCAAAUAGACAAUGGGACAGAUCUUAAACAUAAAUGUUCAUACUAAUAGAAAGUUGAUACACAUUUGAGUAGGAAGUUAUAAUGAAUGUGCAGCAAAUAGACAAUGGGACAGAUCUUAAACAUAAAUGUUCAUACUAAUAGAAAGUUGAUUCACAUUUGAGUAGGAAGUUAUAAUGAAUGUGCAGCAAAUAGACAAUGGGACAGAUCUUAAACAUAAAUGUUCAUACUAAUAGAAAGUUGAUACACAUUUGAGUAGGAAGUUAUAAUGAAUGUGCAGCAAAUAGACAAUGGGACAGAUCUUAAACAUAAAUGUUCAUACUAAUAGAAAGUUGAUACACAUUUGAGUAGGAAGUUAUAAUGAAUGUGCAGCAAAUAGACAGUGGGACAGAUCUUCUUCAUAAAUGUUCAUACUAAUAGAAAGUUGAUACACAUUUGAGUAGGAAGUUAUAAUGAAUGUGCAGCAAAUAGACAAUGGGACAGAUCUUAAACAUAAAUGUUCAUACUAAUAGAAAGUUGAUACACAUUUGAGUAGGAAGUUAUAAUGAAUGUGCAGCAAAUAGACAAUGGGACAGAUCUUAAACAUAAAUGUUCAUACUAAUAGAAAGUUGAUUCACAUUUGAGUAGGAAGUUAUAAUGAAUGUGCAGCAAAUAGACAAUGGGACAGAUCUUCUUCAUAAAUGUUUUAAUAAUUGAAAAUGAAUUUAUAUUUUUCCUAUAUGUAUGCUCUAUACAUGUUUGAGUAAGAAAUUAUAAUGAAUGUUUGUGAAUGUUUAUGUUUUCCUAUAUGUAUGAUCCAACAUUGAUACAAAAUGUUACAGGAUGUUUUUUCUAUGUAUGUAUGCUAAUGAUGCUCAUUUUUGGUUUUUCAAAUGCCCCAGAAUGUAUAUAAUAUAUAUUGCAUUUAUGUUGCAUUUAUUACCUUAAAGUGUUUGGGUUUUACUAUUUCAUGUGUAACUGUAAACACAAAACCUUUUUUUUUUUUUAAAUAUGUGAAGUCAAUAUUCAUUGGAAAUUUAUGGUUGUAGUAUUAUUAUUUGAUUAUUCUUCAGAAAUAUUUUAAAUUUUUUAGUAUUUAUUUCUAAUGAAAAUAUAUGAUUAUUUAAUAUAUUUAAUUAUAAUUAUGGUUUGUAUCUUAGUCAGUUGACAGUAAAACAUUUGAGUAGAAAGAUGUUUAAGUAUUACAUAAGCAGUGGAAAUUCAUCAGUGAAGGUUUACAUCUUGGGAUAGAUUUAAAUGACAGAAUGUAUUGAGUAUUAUUCAUUGGUGAAGGCAUAUUUAGAUAUAUAAAUUUUGAUUUACAUCAUCCAAUUAUUAGUUUAGUUAAUUUGUACUGUGAUAUUUAUAACACCGCUUUUGUGACUAUACAGGGCUGUUUAACAAUUACAUAACACAACAUUACACAUUUUUAUACUCCCUUCCCCUGUUCUGAUGCCAUAUAUAACCAUUAAUAAAAUGAGAUAAAAUGUUGAGUGCGUCGUUAAAUAAAACAUUUCAUUCCUUCCUUUCCUUCCCCUUGUAAUGUUUUGUAAUGCAGAUAUGACACCCCCUUCUAAAAUUACAUUAUAGCGUAAUUUAAUUAAUAUUAUUGAAUAUUAUGUUUGUCUAAUAAAUACUUGAUAGAAAAUCACUCAAGAACAAAAUAGCAUUGACUGGUUGUAUUUUACAUAAUAAAUACAAAUCAAACAGUAGUUUUAAAAACGUUAAGUAAGACUUGACAAAACCCCUCCACCUCGAGAAUGCUAUAUAAUUGUUUAACAGCCCCUAUAUAUAUAUAUAUAUAUAUAUAUAUAUAUAUAUAUAUAUAUAUAUAUAUAUAUAUAUAUAUAUAUAUAUAUAUAUAUAUAUUACCAAUGUGUAUUAGAUGUGAAUAAAGUGACACACAAAUGUAUUUUAGAUGUUAGUGUAAUUACAGCAUAUAUCAGUACUAAUAUUUUUUAAUAAAAAUUGCUACAUGGACAAGUUUGACUGUUAGGUAUGUAGGUUUGUAUGUUAUGUUUAUGGAUCUAUUGUGAUAACUUUACACUGAGAGCUGGUUCUCUCUUUCAAAACAUAUAAUUAAUAACAUGCGACAUAGAUUUGUGAUUAAUUCUUUAUUGUAUUUACUGACACACACACAGAGACAAUAGAGUUCAAACAGAGGUGCAAAACACCUUUGCUACCCAUGUACAUAACACAUCUAUCAAGGCCACUCAGUGGAUCAAAUAAAUGUGGCGUUGAUGAGAGGGUGGCCUUUAUAAAGAGGUUGAAUAUGUGUAUUCUUACAAUGAAGUGCCUUUUGUAAACCAUUGGUUAUAUUGGGUACUAUUUAUAUUACACCCAUAGCUAUUAUAAAGGGUAGUUUUUUAUAAAUUCUUAUACAAGGUACUAUUUAUAAUAUGCCUGUGGUUGUUAUACAGGAAACCCUUCAUAUGCAAUUAGUUAUUAAACAUGGUUGUUAUACAUCAUGUCCCUUAUGGACAAGUCAUUAUCAUACAGGAUACCAUUUACAGACUGGUUAUUACACAAAGUGGCUGUUAUAGACCAUUUGUUAUUAUACAUGAUGCCUUUUUAUGAAAAACGGUUUUGAGAGAUUUAUAACAGGUUCAGCUGUAUAUUGAGUGCCUGGAAUAUUGUUACAGUACAAACGUGGACACAUUUCUUUUCAUACUUCACACCUGUAAUGCAUUUUCCCCCUUAAGCUCAUAUUUAGUAUUUCUGAAAAGGGAAAAUGAUCAAAAUUUUAAAUACUUUGUGUUUUGCAAUUCCCAUUAUUAGAAAGAUUAAAUCGAAAAAACAUUUCAGCCUUUGUGAAUGUGUAACACUUUUGGCACGAUUCUGUCAAAGAAAUGUUCAAGCAUGCCUGUCAUGGACACAACUUCUGACUUCACCAGAGAGUUCUGUGUAUCAGCCUUUGGGAGACAAUCUUAUACAACAGAAUGAAGUAAAAUACUAGUAAUACAAAAACACGUUUUAUAAUUACCGACGGAUUGUUUUUAUGCUAUAAAAACUUUUUAACACUUUAUUUUAUUAUUAAUAUUUGUUGUGCUAACUUUUCCUAAUUGUUGUUGUCUAUAUUUUUGAUAACAAUAUGUCGUUAUUGGGUUGACACUUUUUUACAAUUUUCUACAAUAAAGUUUUAAAAUAAG